UCUUUAUUAUUUUUCAAACAUGAAGCAUGUAUCGUGUUUCUCGUUUGUUGUAAUAAGUUUGUUUGGGUCCCACGCUUUCUCAAUUCUAACAGACGGCAAUGUGAAGAACUCAACAGACUUAGACUUCGGUUCACUUGAUACUAAACACGUCGAUGUAUUUCGACAGUUACUAAAUCAAGAGACCUUGAUCCGAAUGACAUUGGUGAAAAAUGUCCACGCACUGAUGAAAGACAUGGUGUCCCUUCAACAAAGUCUCGUGUCUUCAGAAAGCGAGAUAUCUUCGCUGAAAGAAACAACCACCAGAGAAAUAUCCGAGUUGAAGAAAGAGGUGCGAUCGCUUAAGCUGGAAAACAAUCGAUUAAGCAACAAAGUUACCAAAUGUAAUGAGAAUAUUGAGUCUUUAACAGAAAAUUUAACAGUGGUGGACGCCAGUCGCCGAGUGUUCGAAACACAGCUGCUAAAGGAAAAACAGGUGUUUGAACAGAACACGUCCGGUAUCUUAGCAGACAUUAAAACUGAAGUUCGGUAUUUGUCCAUUACGCUUCUGGACCUCCACAAACACAGUCUGGAAAUCGACAAGAAUAUUCCAGAACUCAUUGACAACAGAUACAAAUUGAUAUCAGGGAGACUUAAUGAUUCUCUGGAGGCUUAUAACACAGAACUGAGAUCAGCCAAUGAUAAACUGAGUGUGUCAACAAAAGUAGCCUUCACCGCGGGUAUAACGUCACAGGACACUUCAUGGAGCGGAAGUACACUGGUUUUCCCCAAGAUAAUAUUUAAUACAGGUGGAGGUUACAAUCCCACUACAGGGAUGUUCACGGCCCCCGUGGACGGGCACUACGUCUUCUUUGUCUGUGUACAGAGUUAUAAUACAAAUGAAAUUUGGGUGGACAUUGUAUUGAAUGGAGAAUCUCAGGUCAGAACAAUGGCGCACGACAAGCAUGAUAAGGAUUAUUUCGAGACAGGGGUUAACCUGGUUGUGUUAAGGCUAAAUCAGGGAGACAAGGUGUGGGUCAAACGUAGUCGAGGCACAGGAUACUAUUCCGACUCUGUACCUAUCACAACCUUCUCUGGAUUCCUUUUGUAA